AUGUAAAAUAAACCAUCAUUUUCUUAAAGUUUGAUACCUUUAGUUUGUCUAGACAUUGGUGGAACAUUGACAAAAAUGACUUUUGCAGCCAAGAAAGAUUUCAUUAUAAAUUGCCAAACAAAAUAAGAACUUAAAAUCUAAAAUGAGAAUGAAGAUUACGAGAUUCAUUUUCUAUCUCAUCCUAAUUCAUUGGAUGUACUAAUACAACACUUAGAAGAAAUAGGCUUUAUAGUAGAUGGAAAAUCACAUAUCUAAACAUUUUAUAUCACAGGUGGAGGUUCAUUUAAGUAUUAUGAUUAAAUUUCAAAUUACGGAAACAUUGUCAGAAUCAAUGAAUUCGAUGCUCUAAAGUUCGGAUUCAAAUUAUUGGACAGCAUCAAAUACAAAAAUACAUACUUUACCUUUAAUAAUGGUAUUGAGUAUUUGUAAUUGACGGCAUCAAUUUAUCCGUUCAUAUUGGUAAAUAUAGGAAGUGGAGUUAGUAUAUUAAAGUUCGAUAAUGAUGAAUAAUUUGCUCGAAUCUCAGGCACUUGUUUAGGAGGUGGUAUGUUUUUAGGAUUGAGUCAUCUAUUUACUGGCAUUAAUGAUUUUGAUGAAUUAUUGAAAAUGACUAAAAAAGGAUCGAAUGCAGCAACAGAUUUAUUAAUUGAUGAAGUUCAUUUGGGAUUCUAAUCUCCAACAAGAGAUAAAAAUGAAAAGCAUGUAGCUGUCAGUAUGGGAAAAUUGAAGUAGAAUUCGAAUCUUAAUUAAUCAGAUCUAGUCAAAUCUUUACUCUAUAUGACUACAUAUAAUAUUAGUUAAAUAGCAUUCCUACAUUCAAAACUACAUAAUAUUGAAAGAGUGUUCUUUUCAGGGCACUUUAUUAGAAAUCAUGAAGAAACAUUGUAAUGUAUAAGUGAAGCUUUCUCCUAUUUCUCAAAAUUAGAUUAGUAAAAUAGACAUCCAUAUUUUAUCAAACAUGAUGGAUUCAUUGGAAGUUUGGGAUCAUUUUGGAAUGGAAUUCAAACAUAUAAAUAAAACAACCAUUGA